UAGAUUAAUGCAUAUAAUCAGCCGGAAAUCAAUCCGGCUUAUUAUAAUCACUCAAUAUAUGUUACAUAACUCAAUUACUUCUAGUUUAUGUUUUUUACUCCGUACAACAUGGUUCAAGAGUGUAAAAAUGAUGAAAACUUAAGACCUUAGAAGACUUAACUUUUGCUUUACGGUGGUUCAAAUGGUAAGCAAAUAAUUAUGAACUAAGUAAGCGCCGUAAUUCAUUCAAAUAGUGUUGACAAUUUCGUUGUCCGUUUUUUCUUUCAACGCUAAAUACCUGAUGUGGUUAUUGGCUGAAUUGAUACUGAAUGAACGAAAGCGCCUAAUAAAAAGAAAUAGUUGCAAACAAGGGCCAAAAUCAGAAUAAUUCAAUUGCUGCUGCCGUUGGCUAUGCUGACCACAACCGCAAAAACCAUGUCCACAGCGGUAGCGUUGAUCUCUCCGUUGUGACUGUUUGUUCAAUUCUGAUACCGUAAAAUUGAUAUUCCUAGCAUAUAAAUAUGCGCAUAUAGGCAUAGAAUUCUUGAGUAGUAGUAGUAGAAGAUUGGUAGUAUUCGAAUGGGUCAAACAUUGAGCGAAUGUUGUGGUCGAACUUUGAUCAUCAACGACACGAGAACUUGCAACAAUCCGGAUUGUGAUCCAGACUUAAAACCAUCCGUUGCUGAAAACCUUGAGAAUUUAGUAAAUCGUUUAGAGCAGUUGGUUGAGCGUUUGGAACGUUCGAUCUCAGCACGUGAGCUAGAAGUUGCUAAUCGAACAAUUGAUGCAGUUCGAACGAAAAAGCGAGAAAGUUUCAACUUAGAGAGUACAGAAUUACCCACAACGUCACCUACUGAACAAUUGCCGCUACAGACGGAAAGCAUAAAUAACCGAAUAGAAAAAUUGGAACAUUCAUUAAAUCAAAUAAACGAACGACACAGUAGCAGUUUGAGUACGAGUAAUAGCCAGUGCAGUCAAAAACUCAGAGAUCAACAGGAGCACCCAAAACAAAAAGGAGAGGAUAGCCUUGAAAAUAUACCAACAGUGCUUGAAGAUUAUCAAGUGUCCACGCCUCUACCAGUCUCCGAAGGAGAGCAAUAUUCGCAGUUAAAGCCGCCGCCCGAAAUGAGUGUACUAGGCUUCCAGGAUAUUAUCAGUGGCCCGCUGAAUCAAUAUUUAGCUCUUUCUGAGAAAAUCGGUGGCGAUGUUGCAAAACAUGCGCAGUUGGUAAAAUUAGCAUUUGAUGCUCAAUCGCAAUAUGUUACGUUGGCCAGUCAAUGUUCUCAACCUAACCAAGAGAAGCAAAUGGAGUUGCUGAAGCCCACUUCUAUGCAAAUUAGCGCUAUCCAAGACUAUCGCGAGAAGAAUCGAGGAUCUGCAUUUUUUAACCAUUUAUCGGCAAUUAGUGAGAGUAUUCCAGCUUUAGGAUGGGUCUGCGUGUCACCUACACCUGGACCACAUGUAAAAGAAAUGAAUGAUGCCGGUCAAUUUUAUACAAAUCGUGUGUUGAAAGAGUGGAGAGAUAAAGAUACAACUCACGUAGAGUGGGCAAGAGCAUGGAUCCAAACAUUAACUGAAUUGCAAUCAUACAUUAAGCAGUAUCAUACCACUGGUCUAGUAUGGUCUGGUAAAGCUGCAGCACCAGUUGGAGGUUCUGUGCCACCACCACCACCAAUUGGUGCUUGCCCACCACCACCACCACCGCCAACAUUCGAUAUUGGCGCAAUGUCAUUAGAUGAUGGUGGUGCAGAUGAUCGCAGUGCUCUAUUUGCCGAAAUCAAUCAAGGCGAGGGCAUCACGAAAAAUUUAAAGAAGGUCACUGCUGACAUGCAAACUCACAAGAAUCCAACGUUGCGCACUGGUCCAGCUCCAUUCAAGACACCUACUCAGUUUGGUUCAUCUUCUGGUGGUUCUUGUACUACUGCCGCCGUUGCAAAAGAGCCAGUAUUCACACGUGAUGGAAAAAAAUGGUUAAUUGAAUACCAACGUAACAAUCGCAAUUUGUUAGUGGAGAAUGCUGAAAUGAACAAUGUGGUAUAUGUGUAUAAGUGUGAAGGUUCAACUUUAACUGUUAAGGGCAAAGUUAACAACGUUGUAUUAGACUCAUGUAAAAAAUGUUCUUUACUAUUUGAUUCAGUUGUCGCGUCAGUGGAAUUCGUAAAUUGUCAAAGUGUCCAAAUGCAGGUUCUUGGUUUCGUACCAACUAUAUCAAUUGAUAAAACCGAUGGCUGUCAAAUGUAUUUAUCUAAUGAAUCACUCGGUGUGGAAAUUGUAAGCUCAAAGUCUUCCGAAAUGAAUGUUAUGCUUCCCCAAGCCAGUGGUGAUUAUAUUGAGUUAGCUUUGCCGGAGCAGUUCAAGACCACUAUUUCGGGACAAUCACUGAAAACUAGUUGCGUAGAAAGUCUUGGUUAAACUCAUUUAAUGUCGAAGAUGGCUUCAAACCGCCAAACAAAUUCAUCGAAGCAGAUGUAAUGGAGUAUUUACAGAAAACUGAACAUACAUAUUUACAAAAAUCAUUUUGCUACUCCAAUUCACUUUUUAUAUAAGUAAUUUAUACUAUGAAACAUCGGUGUUGAACACACAGGUUUUAAUCAAAAACUAAAAAAAAUACAAAAUAAACUUUUUAAGAUUACAGUUGUUUAGUACCAAUUGGGCGUAUUGCAACAAA